AUGUCCAGUACAGACCCUAAUGACCCGUGCAAUAACUACACUUCUUUGGAUCAACCCUGGAGAGCCAACAAUGAGACUGGGUUGUGGAUUUGUGACCAAGACUUCAACUGGCACGGCUGGUACCGUCUGUUCUAUCAUGGGAUGAACAUCCGUAUGCCAGAGAGCUGUGUUGCUGCAGGCAUAUGUGGUGGUUUUUACACUAUAUGGCUCAAUGGUCCUCAUCCUCAGAUACAGGACGGAGUGGUCACACGCCAGGUCUGUGCAAGUACUGGGUAUGACUGCUGCAUCUUCCAUCCCAAACCCAUUCGAGUGAAGGCUUGCCCAGGUAGCUACUAUGUCUAUGAGCUUCUCAGUCCACCCACUGUUGAUUCAGUGGACGGCAGCAUGGUGUACUGUACAGAUGUUAGCACUAUAAGUCCCACCGCUGCCCCCACAACCAAUGCCACUGCUCAAAGAUCCAACAACACCAUGGCAAAAACCCCAACUAACUACAGCUAUGAUCCCUGCAACAACUACACUGUUCUUGAUGAUAUCUGGAGAAACACAACCAGCCUUUACACAAUUCACAACGGUGGUCAUGAUGACAGCCUUGUUGAAUGGAAUGGGUGGUAUCGGCUUUAUCUUCAUGGACUCAGUGCUCAGAUACCUGAGUGGAGGGUGACUGGCAUGCAGUGUGGUGGUUACACACCACUCUGGCUCAGUGGGUCUCAUCCACAACCAGAGGACGGAAUUGUCACCCGAGAAGUCAAUGGAGCCUAUUAUUACAUUAGCAUCACAUAUAUUUAUGCCAAAUCUAACCCCAUCCAAGUGAAAGCCUGUCCAGGAAAUUACUAUGUCUACAAACUGGUCAAGCCCCCUGUAUCACUCCCAAUGCCUUCAUACUGUGCAGUGGCUUUCGUCAAACCAAGUUAUGACCCAUGCAACAACUACAAAGAACUGGACGAGCCGUGGAGAGCUACAAACAACACAGAACCAUCCUGGAUUUGUCAGACCACCAUAGAUUGGAAUGGCUGGUAUCGGCUUUUUUACCGAGGCAAAUCUGUCCGGAUGCCAGAUUCAUGUGUGAAUGAGAACAGAUGUGGCAGCUCCUACUCUCUCUGGCUCAGUGAUACUCACCCACGACUGGAAGAUGGAGUGGUGGUCCGACAGGUCUGUGGGAGAUCGUCCGACGACUGCUGUUAUCUCAGAUCCUACCCCAUUCAAGUGAAAGCUUGUCCAGGGAAUUUUUACGUAUAUGAGCUUGUAAAACCGCUCAUCUGUUAUGCAUUUUACUGUACAGAUGUUGAUAGCAUUGCUACCACUCCAGAAACCCCAACAACAACAGUGUUUAAAGUGUCCACGACUGUGUCCACCACUACAACGACUGCGAGGGUGGACCCCUGUGCGGAGCUGAACUGCACUGCAGAUGAGUGGUGUGGGGACAGAGACGGAGUCUAUGGCUGUUUGUGUGAUGAGAAUCUUCAACGACAAGAGUCUUAUGACUCUACUGAAACUUGUCAAAGCAGCUCUGGCACCAUGUCUCUGUCCCGCUGUCAGCUCUUUGAAGCUGGUUUCCCUGCACACGUCCUGCACCUGAGUGACCCCAGCUGCAGAGGAUCUCUCCAAAACGGCAGACUGGUGUUCAACUUUGAUAAUGAUGACCACAUCUGUGGCACAAAUCUCACGGCCAACGGUACCCACUUCAUCUACGAGAACUCUAUCCAGGGGGUAGCUGACUCAGCAGGAGGCGCCAUCAACAGAAAGAAACGUCUGGAUCUGCGUUUCUCCUGCAUUUAUGAGCUCAGCCAGACACUCACCAUGGACACAGAAUUCAACGCUCUGCAGAGCAUAGUGCACAAGACCUUUCCAGACGGUCAGGGGAUGUACCAAGUCAGGAUGAUUCCUUAUCAGGAUGCUGCCUUCUCCCACCCCUACAAUGGUAUUGUGGACAUAGUGGUGGACCAGCGGAUCUAUGUGGAAGUGAUUGUUAAGGGAGUUGACAGCCGUCAGAUUGCUACAGUGAUAGAUUCAUGUUGGGCCACUCCUGUGAAUGACCAGAACUAUGCUGUCCAGUGGAAUCUCAUCAAUAAUAAGUGUCCUAAUUCAGGUGACCACACGGUGGACAUGCUGCAGAAUGGUGUCUCCACAAUUGGCCGUUUCUCCUUUAAGAUGUUUGCCUUUAACGACAACUACUCCAAAGUUUUCCUUCACUGCUCCAUCCACCUUUGCCUUCUGCAGAGCAGCAAUUGUGCAGUGAACUGUUCCACUGGACACCAGCACAGAGCUGGCCGGGCUGUGGACAUCCAUGAUAGAGCCUCUAUCUCUGUUGGGCCUUUUAUCUGGACUGCUAGAAGCACAGAUGACUGAAGGCGUCAGGACCUUGUGCUGUAUGUGGAUCUCCUUACUAUGCAAAUUCUCCUUUAAAGACAAUCUGAAGACAAUCAUUAUGAGUUCAG